AUGGAAAUGGAUAAAAUUGCAGUAGAGGACAACCGUGAUCUUGUAAAGGAAAAACUAAUGCGUAGAGAAGCAGAAAGGCAGCAACUGCUUGAACAAAAAAGGGAAGAAAAGGAACAAAGAUCAACUGGUGAAGAGCUCAGUUACUUUUUUGAUACAUUUGCAGAAAAACAAAAGGAGAUUGAGAACGCUUUAACCGCAGCAGCAGAAGGACUUAUAGAAAAAACCCAAUUGCCAAAUCAUUUUGAUAGGAUUGGAAAGAAUGUGCAGACCCUGCAGCAUUUUUUAUCUUCAUCAACAAUGUUUCUUCGUGUUUAUGAUAUCCGGAAAGCUCAAGAAGCAAUUCUGACUUUGCAGCAAAGAUGUCAGCAACUAGAGCAGCAGUUACUACCAAAGAAAAAAUUUGGUUUUAAAAUUCGAAAGGUGCCUAAUAAGAAAGAUGUAAUAUUCAAUGAAAAAAUAGAAGACACUGUAGAUUCCCAUUCUUCGCCUGUCCACAAGCUGCUUCAGAACAGUAAGGAGAACAAUUGUGGUUUCUCUGGCAGAACUGCUGAAAUUCUCUCUCUUCCUCAUGAAAAAAUAUAUAAAAAGGAUGUUGUUCUUUCUAACCUUAAUAGCUGUACUGUGAGACUACCUGGAGCUCCUAAUACAUUGUAUAUUGCUGGCUUGAGCAACUGCAAAAUAAUAACCGGUCCUGUAACAACAUCAGUUUUUAUUGAAAAUUGUUCAGACUGCACAUUUGUUUUGGCAUGUCAACAGUUAAGAGUUCACAGCACAACACACAGUGACUUUUAUCUCCACGUUACAAGUCGAACUAUUAUUGAAGAUACUACGCAUGUCAGGUUUGCUCCCUAUAAUUUAAAAUAUGAAAAUAUGGUGCAUCAUUUCCAGUUAGCAGGUUUAGAUGUAAAUAGAAACAACUGGGAUAUGGUUGAUGAUUUCAAUUGGCUGGCAAGUGAUAAAGCAUCACCAAACUGGUGUAUUAUGAAAGAAAAUGAAUGGAAUAUUGAUUGGAUGUAAUUUUUUAAAAAGUUACUUGUGAAACCUAUAAUUUUGAGAUGGGAUGUUCAUUUAAUAAAAAGCUAUGUAAUUAUUUUCAUUAAAAUGAAUUUGCUCAGUAA